AUGGAUUUCAAGACUUCAAAUGAAGAGACAAAGACUGGGAUUUAUUUGAUGCAAGAAGGUAAUGAGGAGCCGUUUAAUAUUCGACUACACUUGGCAAAAGAUAUUCUGACCAUUCAAGAACAAGAUGUCAUCUGCGUGUCAGGAGAGCCUUUUUAUUCAAGUGAGAGGACUGUAACGAUCAGAAGGCAGACUAUUGGAGGGUUUGGUCUGAGCAUCAAGGGAGGAGCAGAGCAUAAAAUCCCUGUUGUGAUAUCAAAAAUAUCAAAAGAACAAAAAGCUGAACUCUCUGGGCUGCUUUUCAUUGGAGAUGGCAUCCUUCAGAUAAAUGGAAUAAACGUGAGAAGCUAUCGCCACGAGGAAGUGGUCCAGGUUUUGAGAAAUGCUGGUGAAGAAGUGACUCUUACUGUCUCGUUCCUAAAGAAGACUCCAGCCUUUCUGAAACUGCCCCUGUGUGAAGACUGCACAUGUAUUCCCAGCGACCAGAGUAGCGGGACCUCCUCCCCUCUGUGUGAUAGUGGCCUGCACUUGAACUACCAUCCUAACAACACGGACACGCUGUCCUGCUCGUCCUGGCCCACGUCCCCAGGGCUUCGCUGGGAGAAGAGAUGGGUGGACCUGCGCCUAAUUCCACUGCUCCACUCACGCCUGUCACAGCACAUGCCGGGCUCUGACGUCUGCAGGAAAAAUGCUUUCCAGGUCAUAGCUGUGGAUGGAGUUUGCAGUGGAGUUAUACAGUUCCCCACAGCAGAAGACUGCUUGGACUGGCUUCAGGCAAUAGCGAGCAACAUUUCCAGUCUCACCAAGCACAAUGUGAAGAAGAUUAACCGAAAUUUUCCAGUUAACCAGCAGAUUAUCUACAUGGGCUGGGUCGACGAGAAGGAGCAGGACUCCGUUCAGGACCGAAUGUAUUCACCAAAGUUCCUCGCUUUGAGGGGUUCCUCCCUCUUCAAGUUUUCAGCUCCCCCUGUGACCACAUGGGAUUGGACCAGAGCAGAGAAAAGCUUUACUGUGUACGAGAUAAUGUGCAAGAUUUUAAAGGAUAAUGACAUCCUGGAUAAGAGGAAGCACUGCUUCAGCAUCCAGACGGAGAGCGGGGAGGACAUGUUCUUCAGCGUGGAGCUGGAGUGCGAGCUGCUGAUCUGGGAAAAGGCUUUUCAGAUGGCCACUUUUCUGGAGGUGGAGAGGAUACAGUGUAAAACAUAUGCCUGUAUCAUGGAGAGUCACCUCAUGGGACUUACAAUUGACUUCAGCAUGGGGUUUGUGUGCUUUGAUGCUGCUUCAAAGGCAGUGUUGUGGAGAUACAAAUUCUCCCAACUAAAAGGAUCAUCUGAUGAUGGGAAAAGCAAGAUCAAGUUUUUAUUCCAAAAUCAAGACUCCAAAUCUAUCGAAGCAAAGGAGCUGGAGUUCUCAAACCUCUUUGCUGUGCUUCACUGUAUUCAUGCUUUUUUUGCUGCCAAAGUUGCUUGCCUGGACCCGAUGUUUGUGGAGAGCCAAGGCAACGCGACUACCACGGGGAUUCCUUCACUUUCCAGCAUCUCGUGUAAUUCACAGACACCUAAACUGAAAUACGCCACUUGA